AAUCACUUGUUUGUCCACACAAGUCCGUUGUCAUGCAGAUUGGGACAUUGCCCUGGGACCAGUGGCCGCCCCCUGUGUCCAUGUGCAGCUGUUUGUCACAUCACAUUGAGUCGCAAACGACAGCCAGCGUGUCAUCAUGAGAGAAAAGUAAAAUCACGCGUCGGAGGAGUGAAAGGCGAGAGAGAGCUCUUCUUCGUCCUCCCCGCCAAGCCUCCGUCAGCUGAUCAACUGCGGGUCUGCUGACUGUCAAGCGGCUUCGGCUCGGCCGCGCGCGGUGGGACUGAGAGCGGUCCACGGCGGACGGAGUCGGCGUCUCGUCUGUCUUCCUUCUCGGAUCUCCGGACUGGCCGCUUGGUGUCGAGUGGAUUUCAAGACUGGAUCUGUCGGCCGAAUCUUUGACCUCAGUCUCCAGCUGCGCUCGCUCGGCGCACCUUUGCCCGGGGCGGGACCCCACUCCUCGUUUCCCUCCUCCUGCUCCCGGCGGCCGGCUGGCCCGGCCGUCCAUCCACACGCCCGUCCGGCGUGCCUCCCUCCCCGCCUUCUGCGUAUCACCAUGGGUCUGGCGGAGGUCGCCAUGCAGGGCCUUGCCGUGUUCGGUUUGCUGCUGUUCGUCGUGCUGUGGCUCAUGCACUUCAUGUCCAUCAUUUACGUGCGCCUGCGUCUGCACAAGACGAGGCCGGAGGUUCAGCCGCCGGCAGGCGUGUCCCUGCUCAAGCCGCUCAAGGGCGUGGACGCUAACCUCAUCUCCAACCUGGAGACCUUCUUCACCAUGGACUACCCCAAGUACGAGGUGCUGAUGUGCGUUCAGGACCAGGACGACCCCGCCGUGGACGUAUGCAAGAAGCUGCUGGGCAAAUAUCCCAACGUGGACGCUCGCCUUUUCAUCGGGGGCAAGAAAGUGGGCAUCAACCCCAAGAUCAACAACCUGAUGCCAGGCUACGAGAGCGCCAAAUACGGCCUGGUUUGGAUCUGCGACAGCGGCAUCCGAGUGAAAGCCGACACCCUGACCGAUCUGAGCAAUCAGAUGACCGAGAAGGUGGGCCUUGUGCACGGCCUGCCGUAUGUCGCCGACCGCCAGGGCUUCGCCGCCACGCUGGAGCAGGUCUACUUCGGGACGUCGCACCCUCGCUCGUACAUUUCGGCCAACGUGAUGGGCAUCAAGUGCGUGACGGGCAUGUCGUGUCUGAUGCGCAAGGACGUCCUGGACCAGGCCGGCGGACUGGUGGCUUUUGCGCAGUACAUCGCUGAAGAUUACUUCAUGGCCAAGGCCAUCGCCGACAGAGGCUGGAAGUUCUCCAUGGCGACGCAGGUGGCCUUGCAGAAUUCGGGCUCCUACUCCAUCGGCCAGUUCCAGUCACGCUUGAUCAGGUGGACCAAGCUGCGCAUCAACAUGCUUCCGGGCACCGUGCUGGAACCCGUCUCCGAGUGCUUCCUGGCCAGCCUCAUUAUUGGCUGGGCCGCGCAUCACCUUUUCAGAUGGGACAUGAUGGUGUUCUUCAUGUGUCAUUGUUUGGCGUGGUUCAUCGCCGACUACGUCCAACUGACCGGAGUUCAGGGCGGGCCGCCGAGCUUCUCCAAGUUGGACUUUGCCGUGGCGUGGUUCAUCCGCGAGUCCAUGGCGGUGCAGAUCUUCCUGUCAGCACUUUGGGAUCCCACCAUCAGCUGGCGGACCGGCCGGUACCGGCUCCGAUGCGGCGGCACGGCCGAGGAGAUCCUGGACGUGUAGCUGCUGUCGCGGAGACCCCUGCGUGUUUCUUUCUUUUUGUUUUUUUUGGAGACUAUUUAUGUUCCUUUUGGUGCUAAUGUUAGCAAAGAAGCAGUGGCACAAGAGUGUGGGCCCUGCCCUGACCGCCCGCCCACGGUACUCCCCGCUUUGCGUGGAAACGCCGAACAACGUGAAGGGACAAGACGCCACCCGAGCAGUCAGAUCAGGAGGCGGCGCUGUCAGCCGUCUUUUUGUAUUUGUCUUUUCUUUGUAACUAAACUAUUCCGACGGCGUUACGCUCGUGUGAGGAGCGCCGCGCGCAGUGUUAUGUGUCGUAUCAUUUCAUGGCGACUAACUCGCGUGUACGCGGGUCAGUGUAGAGCAGAGUGGGGCGGCCUCCCCGGAGCGCUGCCGAGGGGCCGCCGCCGCCGCCGCCGCUUGACUGCGAACUCUCACGGGGGUUCGAAUGCGCUGGCCGCUGCGGCUGGAGAGCGAUGCGUCGCCAACCCAGCCAGCGCAGAGGCGGCAAAACAAUUGGAGCACAAGAUGACGGGCAAUUGGUUUAGAAUAGGGAUGUCCAAACGACUGCUCCGGGACCAUUGACAACGCGCCUGCCAUCCAUUGUGCAGUGUCAACUGAAAGCGCUUAUCCAGCAGUUUCUCCAAUUAAUUCGAGAAGCGUCAUUACUUGCUUGAUUGAGUUUAGCCUUUGGAAUAAACUAUUGCCCAUGAA